CCUGCCCUGCCGCGGAGAAAGUGGAGCGUGGCGCUCGCGCAGCGCUGUUCUCGGACGCUCCGCGGCGCAGGUCCGGCGGGCUCUCUCCGCUCGCGUCUCCCCUGCGGUCCCGCGCACCUCGGUCGAGGAUGAGGAAAGGGCUGCGGGCGACAGCGGCCCGCUGCGGACUAGGACUGGGCUACGCGCUGCAGACGCUCGUGUUACCUGCCCUGGCCCUGCUCGGCGCCAGCGGCACCGGCUCCGCUGCCCAAGAUGAUGACUUUUUUCAUGAACUUCCAGAGACUUUUCCAUCUGACCCACCAGAACCUCUGCCACAUUUCCUUAUUGAGCCCGAAGAAGCUUAUAUUGUAAAGAAUAAGCCUGUGAACCUGUACUGUAAAGCCAGCCCUGCCACCCAAAUAUACUUCAAGUGCAACAGCGAAUGGGUUCAUCAGAAGGAUCACAUCGUAGACGAGAGAGUAGAUGAGACCUCUGGUCUCAUCGUCCGGGAAGUGAGCAUUGAGAUUUCUCGGCAGCAAGUGGAAGAACUCUUCGGGCCUGAAGACUACUGGUGCCAGUGUGUGGCCUGGAGCUCGGCGGGCACCACGAAGAGCCGGAAGGCCUAUGUGCGCAUCGCAUAUCUACGGAAGACCUUUGAGCAGGAACCCCUGGGCAAAGAAGUGUCCCUGGAACAGGAAGUUUUACUCCAGUGUCGACCACCUGAAGGGAUCCCAGUGGCUGAGGUAGAAUGGCUGAAAAAUGAAGACAUAAUUGAUCCUGUUGAAGAUCGGAAUUUUUAUAUCACUAUCGACCACAACCUCAUCAUAAAGCAGGCCCGUCUCUCUGAUACAGCAAAUUACACCUGUGUCGCCAAAAACAUUGUUGCGAAGAGGAGGAGCACAACUGCCACUGUCAUUGUCUACGUCAAUGGUGGCUGGUCAACCUGGACAGAGUGGUCCGUGUGCAACAGCCGCUGUGGACGAGGGUUUCAGAAACGCACAAGGACCUGCACCAACCCAGCUCCGCUCAAUGGUGGUGCUUUCUGUGAAGGGCAGAGUGUGCAGAAAAUAGUCUGUACCACACUAUGCCCAGUGGAUGGCAGGUGGACCGCGUGGAGCAAGUGGUCCACCUGCGGGACAGAAUGCACCCACUGGCGCCGGAGGGAAUGCACGGCACCGGCGCCCAAGAACGGGGGCAAAGACUGCGAAGGGCUGGUCCUGCAGUCCAAGAACUGCACCGAUGGACUCUGCAUGCAGAGUUUCAUUUAUCCCAUUUCAACUGAACAGAGAACCCAGAAUGAAUAUGGAUUUUCUUCUGCUCCUGACUCAGAUGAUGUGGCUCUUUAUGUUGGGAUUGUGAUUGCGGUGAUAGUGUGCCUGGCCAUCUCUGUCAUUGUCGCCCUGUUUGUGUAUCGCAAGAAUCACCGGGACUUUGAGUCUGAUAUCAUUGACUCUUCGGCACUCAAUGGGGGUUUCCAGCCUGUGAACAUCAAGGCAGCCAGACAAGAUCUCCUGGCAGUGCCCCCAGACCUCACAUCAGCUGCAGCCAUGUACAGAGGACCUGUCUACGCCCUGCAUGAUGUCUCAGACAAGAUCCCCAUGACCAAUUCUCCAAUUCUGGAUCCACUGCCCAACCUGAAAAUCAAAGUGUACAACACCUCAGGUGCUGUCACUCCCCAAGAUGACCUCUCUGAGUUUACAUCCAAGCUGUCCCCCCAGAUGACACAAUCCUUGCUGGAGAAUGAGGCUCUCAACCUGAAGAACCAGAGUCUUGCCAGACAGACGGAUCCAUCUUGUACAGCAUUUGGCACCUUCAACUCCCUCGGGGGUCAUCUGAUUGUCCCCAGCUCAGGAGUGAGCUUGUUGAUUCCUGCAGGGGCCAUUCCCCAAGGGAGAGUCUACGAGAUGUAUGUGACUGUACACAGGAAAGAAGCUAUGAGGCCACCCAUGGAAGAUGGUCAGACACUGCUGACCCCAGUCGUGAGCUGUGGGCCCCCCGGAGCCCUGCUCACCCGCCCAGUUGUCCUCACCCUGCAUCACUGCGCAGACCCCAACACAGAGGACUGGAAGAUCCAGCUCAAGAACCAGGCCGCACAGGGCCAGUGGGAGGAUGUGGUGGUGGUUGGGGAAGAAAACUUCACCACACCCUGCUACAUUCAGCUGGAUGCGCAGGCCUGCCACAUCCUCACCGAGAACCUCAGCACCUACGCCCUGGUUGGCCAGGCUACCACCAAAGCAGCCGCGAAGCGCCUGAAGCUGGCCAUCUUCGGACCCCUGUGCUGCUCCUCCCUCGAGUACAGUAUCCGAGUCUACUGUCUGGAUGACACCCAGGAUGCCUUGAAGGAAGUCUUACAGCUGGAGAGACAGAUGGGAGGACAGCUCUUAGAAGACCCCAAGGCUCUUCAUUUCAAAGGCAGCACCCACAACCUGCGCCUGUCGAUCCAUGACAUUGCCCAUUCCCUCUGGAAGAGCAAACUGCUGGCUAAAUAUCAGGAAAUUCCUUUUUACCACAUUUGGAGUGGGUCUCAGAGAAACCUCCACUGCACCUUCACUCUGGAGAGAUUUAGCCCAAACACGGUGGAGCUGGUUUGCAAACUGUGUGUGCGCCAGGUGGAAGGCGAGGGGCAGAUCUUCCAGCUCAGCUGCACCGUGUCUGAGGAACCCACAGGCAUCGAUUUGCCAUUGCUGGAUCCAGCCAGCACUAUCACCACUGUCACAGGGCCGAGUGCAUUCAGCAUCCCUCUCCCUAUCCGGCAGAAGCUCUGCAGCAGUCUGGAUGCACCCCAGACACGAGGCCAUGACUGGAGGAUGCUGGCCCACAAGCUCAACCUGGACAGGUACUUGAAUUACUUUGCCACCAAAUCGAGCCCAACUGGUGUAAUCUUGGAUCUUUGGGAAGCACAGAACUUCCCCGAUGGAAAUCUGAGCAUGCUGGCAGCUGUCUUGGAAGAAAUGGGAAGACAUGAAACAAUAGUGUCUUUAGCUGCAGAAGGGCAGUACUGACCACACUGGGACUAAAAAUGAAGGACAGAAUGCACAGGGCAUCUGUGGCUAUCCAGGGAAACACAGCUGGGGAAGAGACCCAGAUCAGACCAAUGAGCUUCACAGGCAAGAUGGCAGCAGCGAGAAGGAAAACAGAUACAACCUACCAAUGUACAUGCCCACUUUACUCGGACAGCAUCACGGGAGUUAAAAAUUGUGUAAAUUUGUAGCUUAAAUUUGGAAAUCAACCUAAUUUUCCUCUUAGUUGGGCUGUAUGCUAUAUGGUACAGGAUCUUACAGUUUCCUAGGAAACGCUUUUUAUUGCUAUCCAGAUAUAUGGAUAAACUUUCUUAACAAACCCAAUUUCUACAAACGUUGUUUACAUCAAAUUGGACAGGGAUGCAGAUGCUGUCCAUGGCUCGCUCUAUUUUUGUUCAGAUCAUUUGAAGUUGAAGCUGUGGAUGGUUUGUUGUGUAUUUCAGAUUAGUCAUUUACAGAGAAAUCACAGACUUUUGAUACAAAUCGCAUACAUCACGUGUCUCAGAUAAUCCUCCAUGAGUGUUCUGUUUCUAGAACUUGUAGAACCAGUGUUAUUGUCUGUAUCAGGGAAGUGGAGCAUCGAAAUGCAAAAGACAAAAAAGAUUCCUUAUGCCUUGGCAGGGGACCUGUCAAGCACCCUUCGUGAAUAAAGCUAUAGUAUUGCAGGGAAGAGAGUGAUUCACGUUUAACCACACAAACAUUUCUUCAGGACGUGUGUGCUUGUAACAUGCAAUUCGAAGUGUUUUUUUUUUAAGUAUUAUUAUCAAGUAUCUACAAGUAUUGUAAGAGAAUUUUCUUUUAACUUUUUGGGUUUUGUUAGCACUAUUGUUAGUUACGUGGUAUUAACUUGACCUGCCUCACUCUCUCACAUACCAGGUUGGGCGUGGUCACCAAUUCAGUUGAUCAGCAUUGCUUCAUUGGCCUUUGAACCUUGUCAUCCUGCCCUGGAGAAAAGUAGUAAAGGCUCACCUCACAGGCUUUAUCAAUCUGUGCGUUUGUCUUGCUCCAGCAGGGUCUUUCUCCUGAGUCCUUCAGAUGUGUUCUCCUAGAAGUUCACUUAAUGUUGUGGUUGUGUGGCCCAGCACUGAACCCCAAAGCCAGGCUGCCCUGCCUACCUGAGGAGUAGUGUGACUGGGGGAAUUGCCUCAGAACCGGAAAUCAGAAAACUAGUUCUGGAUUUGGCACAGGUUGGCUGUGCUACUGCAUUGUGAAAAGCACUGAAAUUCGCUGGAGCUUGGUUUCCUUACCUGUAACACAGGGAUGAGAUUAGAUCAUCAUGAAUUUGAUCAUGGUGGCCUUCUAUUUGAGGCCUCCAGUCUCUCAUUCAUCAGCCUGAAAAUGACAAUGAACUCUGACUUGAAUCUUUUACAUAGUCAGCUAGUCUUUUUCUCAGGCUGUAAUAUGCUUUUUGAAUAAUUUUGACAUGGAAGAAAAUUCUAACCUGCAAUGUAUUUGUUCAGCAUUCAGUCUUAACUUUAUAAUUUUUUUCUCCUCUCUCAUAGGACCUAACUAAUUUUAAAUUUUUAUUAUUGUUUUGAACUGUUAGCAUCAAGACCAUUCCUACAAAUCUGUUACUAGAAACUUGGUGCAUUUUUUUUUUCUCUUCAAACUUUGCUUUAACAUUGUUUGGUAGCAUUUACAAAAGUUAAUUAGUCCCUUUUGUCCUAUAAAAUGUUGUCCAACAGACUACUUAGUGUCAACGGCAGUUUCCAAGAGACCAUCACAGGUUCUUUAGCAUAGGGACUCAGUUUGCCCAGCAUCGGGAAUGAAGAGUCAACAAAAUCUGGGAGCCAAACCAAGACUGAAUGAGAAACAUCCUGGGCUUGGAUAGGAUCCUUUAGAACAUGAUUGUGAUGUUUGUAGGGCUGGAGGUCCCAUGUUGCUAACUGCAUCUGAAUUAACAAUCAUUUUAUACACUUUUUGUCAUCAUCCUACAUAUAUCCUACUCCUGUUUUGAUCACUUAAUAUCCUCAGACUCUUCCGCUCUUAUUAAGGAGCCAUUGAUACCUUGUCACAGAGCCUCUUCUUAUGUACCAUUUCUUUCUUAUCUUCAGUUUUAGACAGAUAAUCCAUGAACUGUUUUUCUGGCCAUGCUGUUCAUUAAAAUUUCCAUAUAUAAAAUUAUUGGUUGCACUGAUUGUGGAAGGGGGAGAUUGCACUAAUCAACAAGUCCAAUAGGUAGUGUUUGUAUCGAUGAAUAAAGAUGGAUUCUAAAUUAAAAUUUCAAUCUUUAAAAAGCAAAAUGAAGAAAAAGUGAUUUUCCAUUCAUGCAUCUUGAAAUAAAACUAACUUGUCAAGAUUGCUCAUGACGGGGAAUCAUCUGGAGAAAUCAUGAACUGGGAGCUCAAGGAAACCUGUAUGCUACAAGAAAGGCAGAAGGGAGCAAAACUUUAUCUAUCCAGAUGAAUCAAUUCCCGAACUUUUACUAAAAGCCUUGAUUAAAAAUAACCAACACAGAAAUACUGCGCAUACCUGGCACGCAGGCCAGUGAGGGCUGUUGGAAUUCACCUCAGAUGCUUGGUUUUUGGUUCAACCUCCCACCACUGGCAAAGGGAAAAGUGAUUGAUUCCAUGUGAGGUAAGCAUCUAUCACGAAACUGCUAUGUUUCUUAUUAAGUGAAUGACAACUUCCAUACAUAGAAUACCCCAUAUGUCAAAGAAAUUUCACUGAGAAUUCUGCUUUUCCUUCUCCUUUUCAAGGAAAGUAAUAGCUGUUAGAUUGCUCUCCAACUUAGAAGGUUCGAACACAACAGUUCAUUUCACAGGAGCUACUUCAUCAUCCUGUGUGCCCUCCUGC